AUGGACGACUUGCCACUUGAGGUGCAAGCAGUUUCUAUCUCGAUUCGUUCUUCUAUAUCAGGCAUGGAUGGUCGUGCGGUGUCUCCAGUCAUAUCACGGACUCCAAGGGCCACCAUACACCCUAUCAUGGACAAAGAGUCAACGUUGUCCCUUCAAAACCACAUGGGAAGUUACCCUGAAUAUUUCGAUUCGUCGAUCCCAGAAAACGACAGGGUGCCUUGGGCCCUAAAGUUUCUUCCACAAGAACUCGCUGAAUACGACGUCAAAAAAUUGGAAUUCGAGGAAGAUAAAAAGAGGUGGGAAGAAGAAAUGGAGGGAUUGCGAGCAGAGAAGCUGUUUGAAUUACGCAAGGAAGUUGUACGCGUUUGGCUUAGGAGGGAGCAAAAAGAGUGGGAUUUAUGUCGGGCCGAGUGGGAAUUACAAAGGAAGAGUCUCAAGGAGAAGAUGCGUACCGAGUUAGAGGCGCUAAAAUAUCAGUUCCGUGCGACACACUCAACAUCCCAGGCUUUGAAGCGGUACUGA